GGUGGGCGUGGCCGAGGCUCCACUCGUUCUGUUUUCUCCGCUCACCAGUGCCCCCGGGGGGGAGCGGCUUUCGGUUUCGAUUCCCCGUCCAGCUCGAGUCCACUCGGGAGUCCCCGGCUCGUCGCCGUCAGACAAGCCAUGGCCCAGGCCAGCGCGGCGGCCGUCGGUGAGGUGAUCCAGGUGCUGUGCGCGGCCGGGGGCGCCUUGGAGUGGACGGAGCUGCGGCGCCGCCUGCGAACGGCUCUGAGCCCCGAUGCGCUGGAGCGGCUGCUGCGGGACCGCCGGCGCUUCGCCGUGGUGACGCGGGAGGGCGCGGGCCGGGGUGCGGCGGCGGCGGCGGCGGCGGCGGCGGGGACCCGGGCCUCGGAGCGCGUGGUGCUCGCCGUGUCGUCGCUGCGCCUGUGCCGCGCGCACCAGGCUCCGAAGACCGGCUGCGCGGGGCUCUGCGCGCAGCUGCACCUCUGCAGGUUCAUGAUCUACGGCGCCUGCAAGUUCCUGAAGGCCGGGAAGAACUGUAGGAAUAGUCACAACUUGAAGUCUGAUCACAACCAGAGUGUGCUGAAAACUCACGGCCUUGACCACCUCACCUAUAAUGAGCUAUGCCAACUCUUGUUUCAGAACGACCCCUGGCUUUUGCCAGAAAUCUGCCUACACUACAACAAAGGAGAUGGACCCUUUGGCUCAUGCUCCUUUCAAAAGCAAUGUAUCAAACUCCACAUCUGCCAGUACUAUUUACAGGGAGAGUGCAAGUUUGGCAGUAGCUGUAAGAGAUCCCAUCAUUUCUCUCACUCUGAGAAUCUGGGGAAGUUGGGCAUGAGUGCUGACUUGGUGAGCAAGCUGCCCACCAUUUACCGAAAUGCAUAUGACAUCAAGAGCAAGGGCUCUGCCUCCAGCAAAGCGCCCCCUGCUCCUCCAGACCCUCAGGGACCUUCUGAAAGAAGGGGCAAUUCAGGUUCUGUGUCCCCAAACACUCCUGCUCAGGAAGAAUGUGAUCAAAUAUGCUUGUAUCAUAUCCGGAAAAGUUGUAGCUUUCAAGAUAAGUGCUAUAGAGUUCAUUUCCAUUUGCCAUAUCGAUGGCAGUACUUGGAUGGAGGCAAAUGGAAGGAUUUCGACAAAAUGGAGCUCAUUGAAGAAGCGUAUAGCAAUCCCAGUAAAAACAGGAUUGUGCUUGCUGAGUCAGCCACUAACUUUCAUAUUAAUAGUCUAGACUUCAAGUCCAUGAGGUUUGGGAGUACCCCAGCCCGCCGCCUCUCCACAGCUUCCUCAGUCACUAAACCCCCAUACUUCAUCCUCACUACUGACUGGGCUUGGUACUGGAAAGAUGAGUUUAGUUCUUGGCAGGAAUAUGGAAGACAAGGCACAGGCCACCCUGUGACCACUGUCAGCAGCAGUGAUGUGGAAAAGGCUUACCUGGCAUUCUGUGCCCCAGGAGCUGAUGCCCAGACAGCCACCCUGAAGUUCCAGGCUGGAAAGCACAGCUAUGAGUUGGACUUCAAAGCUUUUGUGCAGAAAAACAUCGUAUAUGGCACCAUCAGAAAGGUUUGUCGCAGACCCACGUACGUGUCUUCCCAGGAUGUGCAGAUGAAACAAGCCUGCAAUGUCAAGUUUCAAGGCCCAAAGAGCAUCCCGGACUACUGGGACCCCAAAGCUUUGCCAGACCUGGGAUUUAAGAAUAUCACCCUCAGUUCUUCCUCGGAAGAGUAUCAGAAGGUCUUGAACCUCUUCCACCGCACACUGCCUUCCUACUUUGUUGAGAAAAUUGAGCGGAUCCAGAACCUGGCCUUGUGGGAAGUCUACCAGUGGCAAAAAGGGCAGAUGCAGAAGCGAAAUGGGGGAAAGGAAGUGGAUGAGAGGCAGCUGUUCCAUGGUACCAGUACCAACUUUGUAGAUGCCAUCUGCCAGCAGAACUUUGACUGGAGAGUCUGUGGUCUUCAUGGCACUUCCUAUGGCAAAGGAAGCUACUUUGCCCGAGAUGCUGCCUAUUCCCAUCACUACAGCAGAUCUGACACGUGCCUGCACACCAUGUUCCUGGCCCGCGUGCUGGUGGGCGACUUCAUCAGGGGCAGCUCCACCUUCGUCCGCCCUCCGGCCAAGGAGGGCCAGAGCGGUGCCUUCUAUGACAGCUGCGUGAACAGUAUGUCUGACCCAACCAUCUUUGUGGUAUUUGAGAAGCACCAGGUCUACCCCGAGUACCUCAUCCAGUAUUCCACCUCCCCCAGAUACUCUGCUGGGUCCUCCAUCAUCAGUGCCUUGAGCAACUUAUUAACUGGUCGGCAGUGAACGUGGCCAGGGCGCACUGGGCCUCUCUGGCUCAUCUGUCUCAGUGGAGCUGUUUAGUAAAAUCUAUUUUUUAACAAAACUUUUAAUGAACUUUUGUUUAAUGUUGGCUUCGCAAUGAAGUCACAUGGCCCACCCCAUCCAGUGCUGGGGAUGGAACCCAGGGCCUUGUACGUGUUAUGUAAGCACUUUGCCAUUGGGCUGCAUCCCCAGACCUUUUAAAAAAUAUAUAUAUUUUAACUUUUGAGACAGCCUUGCUAAGUUACCUUGGCUGUCCUUGAACUCUAUAGCCCAGGUAGGCCUUGAACUUGCAAUCUUUCUGCCUUAGCCUCCCAAGCAGCUGAGAAAAUAGGCCUGGCUUAGAGUUCUGCUCUUAGUGCCUUGCUGGUAACAGUUAUAACUUUUAGGUCCCUUGUAGGUUGGCUUGUGGUCUCACCAGUGGUGGUUGUAGGGGAGCCCGAGUGUACUUUUUACGAAUGUGUUUACAUUGUCUUGUACUCUUUGUUGACUUUGCUGCUUGUUAACACCAGGCACAGUUUCUAGACACUGUUUUAUGGAUUUAUUUUAAUUGUUAAGAGUUUUUUAUCUCUACAGUGAUUCCAUUUUGAGGGGUCUUGUGGCCUGUGUUGCAUUUAAUCAGACUGGCACAGUGGCCAUGGAGGGGGAAAGCCCUAGGGCAGUCUUAGGGCAGCACUGCUCGUUCUGCCUGCUGCUCUGGCACUAACCCAGGUAGCUCCUGGCAGCUGCUCCCGCUCCGAUGGUGGGUGGCUGUGUCAUGGUAUCAGAACCAGGGGCUACUAUGUGGUGCCAGGCACCUGCUGUUUUCCCGUGGCAUGGUGGAGUCAGCAGCAUGCAGAGGAAGCACCGCCCCUGGCAGGAGACAUGGAUGAGUGCUUCCCAGGCCUGAGUUUGGCAUAAAAGUGCCUGUACCCACAUCCUCUAAGCACACUGGACACCCUCUCUAAGUGUGGGUUUCAUGUCUCAGAUUGAAUACCUGUGCUGCAAAUGUCACAUAUGAGUAUGGAAAUAAAAAGACUAUUUAUCAGAA